CUGCGCCAUUCUGAUGAUUGAAGAAAUAUUGUUUGUCCCCUGUGUUCACAGAAGAUGAAUCAUGAGAAGGCAGCAUUGAUAACCAAUUCAAGACAGGCCUGAGCUCAUACUGCCUCCCUGUCCGGCAACAGUACUUUAAUGGUUGGAACUGCCCGCCCCAACCUACAUUACUGCCCUCGCAGACGCAGCCUGAUGAUCACCGGUGCCAUGGGAGCGGUGCGCGUCAACAGAUACAGCAUCGUUUCCACAGAUGAAGAUGCCCUGAAGAUCUCCAACCUGGGCCUCCACAACGGCCACAGUCCUCUGACACAGCAGACACUGUCAGGGGCCUGUAUGCGGGGCGAUGAAGGAGCAGGAGAGUGUCCAGGAAGUGAAGAGGGACGGGGGGCCUUGUCUUUGAGAGUGACAAAUGAACCCAUCGUCCACAACAGCUGUCGUGCUUCACCUUCAUGUCGUCUGGGUCUGGAUCUGGGCACCGGCCGCCUGCGCAGCCGCUUUGUGAAGAAGAAUGGUCAAUGCAAUGUGGUGUUUAACAACAUGGAGGAUAAGCCACGAAGAUACCUGGCUGACAUUUUCACCACCUGUGUGGACAUACGCUGGCGCUACCUGCUGCUCAUUUUCACCACCACAUUCCUUCUGUCGUGGCUACUGUUUGGCUUGAUCUUCUGGGGGGUUGCGCUUGCACAUGGAGAUUUUGACCUUCGUAUUCCUGAGAAGGAAGGGGGUCCUCGAAGCAAUGUAGAGGAGGGAAAAGGUGAAUGGCGGCCAUGUAUUCUCCACAUCCAGGGUUUCAUUGGGGCAUUCCUCUUCUCUAUAGAGACCCAGACCACCAUUGGAUAUGGUUUUCGGUGUGUCACCGAAGAGUGCCCAGUUGCUGUGGUGACUGUGGUGGUGCAGUCCAUUAUGGGCUGCAUUAUUGACUCCUUCAUGAUUGGUACCAUCAUGGCAAAGAUGGUGCGCCCGAAGAAGCGGGCACAGACCUUACUGUUCUCGCAUAACGCCGUCAUCGCUCUCCGAGAUGGUAAGCUGUGCCUCAUGUGGCGCCUGGGGAAUAUGCGCAAAAGCCACAUUGUUGAGGCACACGUACGUGCUCAACUCAUUAAGCCGCAUGUGACGGCUGAAGGCGAGUACCUACCUUUGGAGCAAACAGACAUUGAUGUGGGCUAUGACGAUGGCCUAGAUCGGUUGUUUUUGGUCUCACCACUUGUGGUGGUCCAUGAGAUCAACAAAAACAGUCCUCUGUAUAACCUGAGCCGCACCGAUCUGCAAAAGGAGGACUUUGAGAUUGUGGUCAUCCUGGAGGGGAUGGUUGAGGCAACAGCUAUGACCACUCAGGCCCGUAGCUCCUACUUGGCCAAGGAGAUCCUGUGGGGUCACCGUUUUGAGCCUGUGGUCUUUGAGAAGGGUGACCGCUACCACGUAGACUAUUCUCGCUUCCAUAAGACCUAUGAAGUGCCAUCUACACCUCAGUGCAGUGCCAGGGAACUGAGCCAGAUGACGGACUGUGGCGGGCAGUCCUCAUCCUCUAGCUCAAGUUAUUCCCGGUCUCCAUCACCAUUUGCCCAGAGGGCAGCCCGCCAUCUACUGGGUCCUCAUUCCCCAAGCGCUUUCUGCUACGAGAAUGAGGUAGCUUUGUGCUGUGGGGAUGACGAGGAUGAGGAUGAUGUGAAGGAGGAGGCAGGGAGCCUGAAUCUUAGAAGUGACAGAGAGACAAAGAUGAGAGAUGAUAUUCACUUGGGUUUCAAAGAAACAUUUGUGGAGGAGCAGACGGUAGAGAUGCUGUGCGUUCUGGACUCAGAGAAUCAGAUGGGCCUCGAAAGACUUCAGCCCACCUUACCUUUAUACAUCAGCAGGGAGUCAGGAGUGUAAUCAUUGGUAAUGGCUGCCCUUUCAUUUGUUUCCUCUCUUUGUUUGUGUGCAUCCAAUCAAUUUAUUGAACUAUUGGACAAAUAAAAGACGGAAGGCACAAUUUAAGCUGUAAAUCUAAAGGAAGAGAAGGAUACUUUUUGCAGCUGUCAAAAAAUCCACUCAGUUUUAGCUUAUAACUUGCUCUAGUUUCAGGUUUUUUACACUUUCAGUUGUAACAUCAGCAUCUCAGCACAUCCACUUUUAAACAUGGUGACUGACCAGUCAUGAGCUAUCUUGAAAUGAGGUAUCUUUCUUGUUUUCUUGUUUUAUUCAGUAUGAUAGUACAUGAUCUACAGUAAAGUCAAGCUUUUUGUUCUUGAUUUCUUUGUAAAUAUGAUAUGCUUUCGUUUUCAUUUUAAAAUAAUUAUGCAUUAAAUACAGAUACAUUUUAUGAGAGAAAAAUCUAUUUAUGUUAAAGGAAGC